AGCGGUUGCCAGGUAACGGGGUGUAAACGGAGGAUGGCACAGGAAGCAGCGGGAAGAGCCCGGCUCUAUAACCGGAUUUAUAUCAAUAAUAUUCACUCUUACUCCUCUAAACACAUCUCACAGUAUUUAAGCUCGUGUAGAUUUGGAGCAUCUCUUGUAGAUCCAGAAGUGGAUGAGCGGGAGGGAGUUCAAGAUGACCAAACAAAUGAAGCUAAAGCUAAAGAAGGAACUUUCCAGAUUGUUGGAACGACUUCAGGCAAAGCAGAGCAGAAAUGCAGUUUUGCUGCAGCAGAAUAUAAUAACCUAACACAGACAGAGCUUUUGCAUCACCUGAUGGAGUGUGAUGUCAUCAUUUACAAUAUAACUGAGCAUGCUGAUCAGAUAGCAGAGGCUUCUUGGGCGGUCUCAGCUCUUCAUAAAGAAAUAGAUGAGUUUACUGGCCCGAAGAUGUUCAUCCUGAUCUCCACAGUUAUGACCUGGGCUCUGAGUAAACCUGUGGAUCCAGAUGAUCCUGAGAUUCCCUUCACAGAGGAAGACUACCGGAGAAGGAAAGCCCAUCCCAACUUUAAAGACCACAUCGCUCUGGAGAAGCUGGUGGUUAAACUGGGGAAAACUAACCGCUCUCAGUUCUGUACGUACGUUGUUGCUGCUGGACUGCAGUACGGUCUGGAGGAGCAAGUCUUUCAUUUGUUUUUUAAGAAAGCCUGGCUGGGGGAGGCUGGGGGAGUGCCGGUGUUUGGAGACGGAUCCAAUAUAGUUCCCACUGUUCACGUCACAGAUCUGGCGAGGAUUGUCCAGAAUAUAAUUGACCGUAAACCAAACCCACAGUACUUUCUUGCUGUAGAUGAUUCAAAACAUACUAUGGAGGAAAUUGUGAGAGCAAUAGCAAAUAAUCUUGGCUCAGGAAAAACACAGACAGUUCCAAAAGAUGAUCUAUAUCUAACACAGGACCUGACUCAAGCAGAUAUUGAUUCCUUGUUUGUCAGCCUGCGAAUGGAAGCAGCUUUCCUGAAAGAGAAUUUUAAUAUGCGCUGGAUUUCUGAGACUGGCAUUGUUGAAAACAUUGAGCGGGUCACAGAGGAGUACAAGCUCUCCAGAGGGCUGCUGCCUGUCCGUAUCUGUCUCCUCGGACCUCCUGCUGUUGGGAAAAGCACUGUAGCUGAAAAGAUCUGCAAGCAUUACAAACUGCACCAUGUCCGACUCAAAGAGACCAUCGCUGAGACUCUCGCUAACCUCGAGGCGGGAAUAUAUCAGGAUGAGGGAGAAAACGAAGGCGCUGAAUCAUCAGGGGGAGCGCAGGAGUUUCUGGAGACCCUCAGAGAGAAUAUGGAGCAGAAUGGAGGUCUUUUAGAUGAUCAGUUUAUUAUCCAAAUCAUGAAGGACAAGCUGAAGUCCAAACCCUGCACAAAUCAAGGCUUUGUUUUGGACGGCUUUCCGAAGACAUAUGACCAGGCUAAAGAGCUGUUUUCCGCUGAAGAAGAUGAGUUGGAAGAUGCACGGUCAAAAAUCCCACCACACAACAAGAAGAUCAUACCAGAGUUUAUCUUUUCUCUGGACGCCACUGAUGCGUUUCUGAAGAAGCGAGUGUUAAACCUGCCGGAGAGCGUGGUGGAGGGCACGUCGUACUCUCAGGAGAAGUUCCUGCGUCGGCUGGCCAGCUUCAGAGAGAACAACUCAGAGGAUGAAACUGUUCUCAACUUCUUUGAUGAGCUGGAGAUUCCUCUGGAGCAUAUAGAGAUCACCAGUAGUGAUGACCUGGACUAUCUGCUGGUGAUGGAGAAGGUCAGUAAGUGCGUGGGUCAGCCCAGGAACUACGGGCCGAGCUCGGAGGAGGUGGAGCUGGAGGAGCGGAGGCAGGUGGAGAUCAGGAUCAGGGAGGAAGCUGCCCUGCAGGCUGAGAUGGAGCGGAAUGAGGCGGAGGAGGCGGCUCAGAGAACUCAGAAGUGGGAGGAAUGGAGCCGGCGUCUGGAGGAGAUACAGAGGCAGGAGGAUGAGCUGCUGGAGGCAGAGUCAGUUCCUUUGAGGCAGUACCUGAUGAGGGAUGUGAUGCCCACUCUUACUCAGGGCCUUAUCGAAUGCUGCAGGAUCCGGCCUGAAGACCCAGUGGACUUUCUGGCUGAAUAUCUCCUGAAAAACAAUCCGGAAGCGGAGUAAAGCGUCCGCCGGCACAUCUGCAUAAAGGACGAAUCUCAAUACUGUUUCCUAUUCCUUUGAGAUGUUUAUUAAAGUCUUACAGUGGGAUAUAAAAGACGCUCCGUCACGGGUUGAUAAUAGAUUUUAGUACCGCGAUCGCAUGCUGAUUAUAUUGCGCGGGAAACUGAUUGUGAAGUUUCUCAGUUCUGACCUUGUUGUUUGUGUACCUAUGCAUUUAAAAGCUUCGGGAGCAGAAUAAAAGCCAGCUGCUAAUUAAAAGUUCAUUAAUAUAAUGUAGUUGGGAGUGCUUUGUAACUGGAAAAGUAGACAUGUCACGACAUAAUUGUUUUGAUUUGCCCCGUGCUUUCAGAGGAUAAAUGUUACAAAUGGCAGAUAAUUAAAUAGCUCUAUCAUAUUUUCAUACACAACUCAGAGAGUGCACAUAAUUAAUUACACCGGUAAACAAAAUUAUUCCAUUUCUGCGACUACAGCAGCUCAUUCAGUUCAUUGUUUCCAGACAUGAUUAUUGAACAGGGCUGAAUGUAGUAACGACGGCUGAAGUAUCUUUAGAAAUCUCCUUCAUUAUCCAGACUCGGCUCUUUAAUGGGCUCAUUGUUUAUGACCCUAUACGCUUUCAUCAUCCGUCCCCGUGGAAAGUCGGCCUUCGCGUUUCUUCUGUAACUGGUUUUAAAAGAAGAAAAUAAAAACUAAAACAAACAAAAAAGAAAAAGUACAAAAAGUCCUCGUGAGAUUGUGUGAGAACGGGUGAAAAUGAAGUGAUGGAGAGAAGCUGAAGUGGAGCAAACCCACACCUUUAAAACUAGUCAAGUAGGGCUCUUCUUCCAGGAUCUAUAGCUAAACAAAAAGACCAUUCAGCCGCCCUUUCAGGCAGGGCUGGGCGUCGAGGUCGUUACGAGAAUGAAAGCUGGGGUCGAUGCCGUUUAUAAAGUUUCACCACACCUUUUCACACUAUUUCUAUUUACAGUACUGUGUGAUUUGUAUUCACAAUUCACGGCUGACAAUUACUGGCCUGUUUAUUGUCCUAAUAAACACCCUGUCAAACAAUAAGAGAAAAAUGCUUAAAUGUGUUUUUUUUUUUUUUUGGAUAUAAAAUCUCUACUACACACCAAUCAUUUCAAUGGAAAACAAAAGUAAGACACACUAACUUUUUGAACCCUAGGUGUUUUUUAUUUUUUUAAACUGUUAUAAGUAAGUUAAUAAUAGUUU